AUGACCUCCUCGCCCACCUCCACCGCCGCGCCAGGCCCAUCGUUUAGCCCCGCGGCGUGCACGACAUCGGCAUUUGGCGAGCUGACACCGUACAUCCGCCACGCGUCGUCCUCGACGCUGGCCGAGCUGCUCGCGGCCAACCACGAGUCGCACCACUGCUUCUUCAACACGCGCGGCAUGCACAACCACUCGCUCCACCAGCUCGUUGCCGACCUUACCCUCGGCGGCUCCCCCGAACAGCUGCAGCGCCACUACGCCUACCAGAUCCAGCACUACCUCGGCCAGUUCUCGCUCAACGACCGUUCGCGCUACGACCCUUACUCGCCCUCAGAUGGCGGUAAAGGCAUCCAGAAGGUCACCGAGGCCAACUGGCGGGAGCACGUGGGGAAUGCGCGCUACUACUGGUCGUAUCUGCACUUUUUCGAUGCGCAGGUCCAGCAGCGCGGCCUCCUCAGCGUGCUGGACCGCUUCGUGUUCAGUCGAGAGGCAAACGAGGAGGGCGUGCAUAUGAUGCUGCGCUUCUACGGCGGGGUACUGCACGCGCUGAUCCACUUUGGGUAUGCGCUCGAGAUGCGGCUGCCAGGCAUUGCCGCCGAGGCUUUGGCCAUGGCAACAUCGACAGCGGCGGGCCAUGCGUGGCUGUUCGACUACCAGUGGGUGUUUCACCCUCCGCCUCCUUCUAAGGGGGGUACCAAGGGGCUGUUGGAGCUUGUGCGCGAGAUGCAGCGGGAUAAACGACUGAGUGUGGAAGCGCUGGGGUUGAAGGAGGAGGAGGCGGCGUUACCGGAUACCCCGUUUGCGACGCGGGAAGGGUCAGGAUUCGGGGUGAUCCAGGAGUACGUUGAUCGCUGGGCCGCGGUGCAGCUGGGUAAAGAAGGGGAGGAGGAGGCGAUGGGUGAGCUAGCCCUGCUGUCCGGUCUGCUGUUGGGCUCAGUGCCGAAGCAGACCGACGGCGUAGCGUACAUGCACGAUUUCUUCUUAAUGCACCUCAACAACGCGCACCUCUUCACGCCGCUCUACCUGCACCUCUUCUCCUCGUCGUCGUCGUCGGCGCACCUCUCGCGCGCCUUCCUCCGCGCGCUUGUCGCGCAGUUCUUGUACUACUACAUCGCCCGUGGUCGGCCCGCCCUCUCGCUCGCCAACUUCCACGAUGCCGAGCACGACGGCCACCCCCCCGCGCUCAGCUGGGAAACCAUGUUCGCACAGGCACGCGACAACGUCGACGAGCACCUCCCCAAAGCCGUGCGUGCCCUGUAUGUCUUCGAAGCGCGCUACAGCGGCCUCCAGUCAAAGCUGCGCGGGUCUGGACUGUUCGACGACGACGACGACGACGACAACGACAACGACAAAGGCAGGGGGGAUGGGGAGAGUAUCUGGAGGAUGACCGCGACCCAGCUGGUGCGGAUGCACAGGGGCGAGCUGCAGACGAGCAGGUAUGCGUCACAAGAGCAGAGGCGCAACGGCGAGAGCGUGGGGGCGCACCAGGAGUUCUGGUCGUUCAAUCCUUUCUUUUAG